AUGACCUCCUCGGACAACUACGAAACGGGGAGUGACCUGUCUGAGUCUCUGGAGAUCUGUGAACUCCAGGACCAGUACACGGAUCCGGAAAACGGCUUCAAGUCCAAAAGCUUACCCAUCCUCAACGGACCCUGUCAGCCGGAUCAAAAGACUGCAGAACUUAGGCUCGUCAACACUGUCCACAGCAGCGUGGCCAUGCAGGAGAGCAGUGAGCUCCAGCCAAAAACCCCAGACUUCAGCCAGGCAGAGUCCCCCUCCUCCAGGACGGACUUCUCUCCGUCUGCCUCAAGCAUAGUGGGGCUCAGCAGCUCGUUGCCUGUGGAGGGCCACAGAGCGUCUGGCUCUGGUGGCAAGAAACUGGGUUUCUCUCUCACCCGCCUUAUCCGCAUCCCAGCCAGAAAGUAUGUGCGGGUUAUCCUUAGUGACUCCCGCUGCUUUCUAUUCUGCAUGUGCUACCUGACUUUCAUCCAGUCACUGAUGGUUUCGGGCUACCUGAGCAGCGUCAUCACCACCAUUGAGAAGCGUUACAGCCUGCGCAGCUCUGAGUCUGGCCUUCUGGUCAGCUGCUUUGACAUCGGCAGCCUGCUGGUGGUGGUCUUCAUUUCGUACUUCGGCGGGAGAGGUCAGAGGCCGCGGUGGCUGGCCGUCGGUGGCGUGGUCAUCGCUGUAGGGGCAGCGUUGUUUUCCCUACCACACUUCAUCUCACCCCCGUACCAGAUCCAGGAGAUGAACUCAUCAGCGGGCCACGAAGGUCUCUGUCAAAGCGGUAACAGCAGCGGCCGAGAUCUUGAUGUAGCAUCUUGCCCUCGAGAUCAGGAGGGGAACGAGCACAACCUGUAUGUGACGCUGUUCAUCUGCGCCCAGAUACUUGUGGGCAUGGGGUCUACGCCAAUCUACACCCUGGGGCCCACAUACCUGGAUGACAAUGUGAAGAAAGAAAAUGCAUCUCUCUACCUGGCCAUCAUGUAUGUGAUGGGAGCUCUGGGACCUGCAGCUGGCUAUCUGCUGGGAGGCGUCCUCAUCGGCUUCUACGUCGACCCCAAAACUGUAGUCAACAUUGACCAGAGUGACCCUCGCUUUGUUGGGAACUGGUGGAGCGGCUUUCUCUUGUGUUCCGUAGCCAUGCUCCUGGUCAUCUUUCCCAUGUUUGCCUUUCCCAAAAAGCUGCCUCCUCGCCACAAAAAGAGGAAAAAGAAAAAGAUCGGCUCGCCUGGGGACGUGUCCAGUGACGAUGAAAUGAUGAAGGAAAAGUCCAGUAGCAAAGGCCAGAAUGUCUCCUCCUCCAUGGGCUUCGGAAAGGACAUCAAAGACCUCCCUAAGGCAGCACUGAGGAUCCUCAGCAACAUGACCUUCUUGUUUGUCAGUCUGUCCUACACGGCAGAGUGCGCCAUCGUCACCGCCUUCAUCACCUUCAUCCCAAAGUUUAUUGAGUCACAGUUUGGUAUCCCCGCCUCAAAUGCCAGCAUUUACACCGGUUUGAUCAUCGUACCCAGUGCCGGGGUGGGCAUUGUGCUGGGGGGCUACAUCAUCAAGAAGCUGAAGCUCGGCGCCAGAGAGUCGGCCAAGCUGGCCAUGAUCUGCAGCGGUGUGUCUCUGCUCUGCUUCUCCACACUCUUCAUCGUCGGCUGUGAGAGCAUCAACUUAGGAGGCAUCAACAUACCCUACACCACCGGGCCGACCCUGACGAUGACCCACAGAAACCUGACGGGCAGUUGUAACGUGAACUGUGGCUGCAGGAUCCACGAGUACGCUCCGGUCUGCGGCUCUGAUGGCAUCACCUACUUUAACCCAUGCCUGGCUGGAUGCAGCGCUGUGGGCAACGACAGCACAGGGAUCAGGAACUACACAGACUGCGGCUGUGUGCAGAGCAGACAGGUCAUCACACCGUCCUCUGGCGGUCAGGUCAACCAGCUGCAGCUAGUCAUCGUUAAAACCUACCUGAACGAGAAUGGAUACGCCGUGUCGGGGAAGUGCGACCGCACCUGUAACACUCUCAUCCCUUUCCUCAUCUUCCUCUUCAUUGUCACUCUGAUCACCGCCUGUGCCCAACCCUCCGCCAUCAUCGUCACACUCAGGUCUGUUGAUGAACAGGAGAGGCCUUUUGCUCUUGGCAUGCAGUUUGUGUUGCUCCGAACUCUUGCCUACAUCCCCACACCCAUCUACUUUGGUGCUGUUAUUGACACCACCUGCAUGCUGUGGCAGCAGGACUGCGGUGUGCAUGGCUCCUGCUGGGAGUACGACGUAACCUCCUUCCGAUUCGUCUACUUUGGCCUGGCUGCCAGCCUCAAGUUCGUCGGCUUCAUCUUCAUCUUCCUCACCUGGUACUCUAUUAAGCACAAGGAGGAGCGUACCGAGCGCUGGCGCCAGCACCUGCCUCCACUGGGCACCGUCAGCGAGCUCAUCUGCCAUGCCGGCGGCCAGAAGAGCCACGCACGCACCCGCUCCUGCCCCAUCUUCAUCCCGCCGCGGCCCGACCAACCAGCCGCCCUGCUGCUCACCCGCGGCCACAGUAGCCUCAGCUGCCCAGGCAAUGCCCUCAAAGCAAUAACCCCGCCUAUCCUGUUGCCACAUCACCACAGAGGCUCCGCCCAUGUCUGAGAGCCACAAAGCCUGGGCUUCAUCGUGACAUGUGCCUUUCUGUUUGUGUUUCUGCACCACACGGUGUCUGCGCCGCACCAAUCAGACACCUGGUUUGGCUUUAGCCUGCUCCUCAACUGACAGGAAGAUACACAGGUGCGCCCACCUCACCUAAAGGGCUGCUCAUUGUCGUUUAUUAUAACAGGUCAGCUGCAGCCACACAAACAGUCAGACCUCCACCUCAAGGUUCGGAUGAUGUAAAGACGUCACACGGUGCUACUGUUAGCGGGCAGGGCAUUACAAUCUCCUUACAGACAUCUAAAGCACAAGUGACAAACCUGUACUAUGCAAGAUCCAAUGUACAGCGCCUCCCUUCUCAGUACUGUACAGCUCUCUCUCUCUCUAUACUAGAUCUGAAACUCUUCUGUCUUCCCUGCCUCAUUCAUUCAGACCAAUGUGUUGUUGGCUAAUUCAUAAUCCUGUUAUUUUGUUGUUGUUCUGAGCGCUGAACAUAUCAGCCAUCUCCUUGUUUUUUAGCCAUUCCAUCCAUCUGAUUUUGUCCUCUCACAAUCUUUAUUCCCCUCACAUAUUUUCGUAACAGUGCCUCUCAGGCUGUCUCGGCCAGUCCAGUAUACAAAGCUAGCUACCAGGUUACAUGCUAGCUACCGAAAAAGCCAGUUACUGUCCUCUAUGUGAGGAGCUCGUGAGCUUUGUUUCCCUCAGCUUUGUGUUGAGGGACAGACAAAGUUCCAUGCCUUGAAAGGUAAACAUGUAGCUUAAAGCCCACAAGCACCAAUGGUACAGUGUUAAACGACUUGUGAAAAGUCAUGUCUUGUCAGGUAGCUAGAUAUCUUUAUUUCGUUCUUAUGAAACUACUUAAUUCAUACAAAAAGUAACUAGAAACAGGAGAGAGGAAUAAGGAAGGUUUCAUAUCUCUGACCAUGUGCUGAAGCUACUGUAAGUCCUAAACAUGUGAUUGUACUUGAACUGGAAACAUAAUGGAGAUUCAGAACAUGCAACAAAAUUGUACUUUUUUCUUAACAAAUUUCACCCAUUUUUAAAUCUCUUCAAAGUAAAAUUAUUUGUAUCUAUUGUAACAUUAAAAAAAUAGAAAAGAUGCAUCAUUUUGGCUUUGUGCAAUGGCUUCUCCAUUUGUAUUGUCAUUAGAUGUAAAUAGUAGUGAUCUAGUAGAUUAGACUUGAAGAAAAAAAGAUGAUGCAGAAAGCAUGCUCAACAACAGUGAACCAACUUUUAUCAGUGAAACUAAUGUGCCGCUGAUUAUUCCAUUUCUGGGUGUUUGGUGCCCUCAAGUGGACGUUGAGAAGAUUGUGUGAAGGCCAGUGAAUGUUGCUGUUUAUCAGACCUACUGUGCUAUGAGAUUCUUGGUUAAAAGGUUAAUAUUUAAACUGGAACACUGCACUGAACUUAGCUUGUUUUUUUUCUUUUUUACAAAAAAUGACCUGCUGUACACCACAUUACUGCUGCGGGCAAAGAUCUGUCUUUAACCAGCACAAAUCUGAGAAGGGCGGAUGUUUUACUAGAUUUUUCUUUUACCUUGGGCUCAAGUAUUUUUUUGGUUGACCGCCAUUUAAAGAGGCAGGGUUUGUUUUCAGACAAAUUAAAUGGGUCGUAAGAUGUAAAAAAAAAAAAACAACCUUAAUUCAGUAUUAGAUGGUGCACACAAAGUCUUCAGUGGCACACAUUUUGAAACCAAUUUGGGUUUUUUUUUUUUGUCUAAAGUUAUUUUAUAUUCCUUGGCUUUUAGUUAAUGGAAGCAGUGAAGAUAUUUAAAAAGUGAAUGCUUUUGGCGAGAUUCAUGUUGUUCUGCCAGGUAAAGAUGAUUUAGUGGUAGCAGCAGUAACUGAUUUAGUAUUAUUGUGACUUUGUACCUCAAAUUGACAUAAUCAUAAGUGAUCAUUGUGUAAAUACUGACAAAGCAAAUGAAGCGUAUUAUAGAGCUCACACAGUUAUGAGAAUAUUUAUGAACUAACACCAUGCCAUAGUGGAGACAAAUAUAAAAAUUAAGACUUCAAACUGCAUUAAAAGGUUAAUUUGUGUCGCGGUGCUUGAACAGUAUUACUCUCGUGGGAAGGGUUGCAUUUGCUUUAUGUCAUGUGGGGGGUGGGGGGGCAGUGCUUUUUAAAUAUAUAUAUAUAUAUAUAUAUAUAUAUUUUCUGUCAGGAGGAUGAACAAGUUUUUCUACCCAUAAUGCCCUUCUUAUCUCCACCUGUAAUGACUCUCUGCCUGUCCCCUUACAGUCAUAUUUACCACAGCCUUCAAACAGGAAUACCAACGUGACAGUAUUGAUUUAUCUUGUACAAAUUUCAAUAUUAUAAAGUGGUAGUGUAUGAGAUUAUGGACUGAUUCAAUACAAAUGAUGAUUCAAAACAUGUUUUUUUUUAAAUGUGCUUGGAUUAAAAUUAAGUUCUGAGUUGAUCAGCACAGAUCAGAACCGUAGGUCAGGACAGAGAAUCAUGCAGUAAUUCCACACGAGCAUAUCCACGGGAAAGGGCAGGGAUGUCUGCUCUGACUCUACUGUAAACCUGCUGCUCAGAUGCCUGGAUUACUGCUGACACUGACGACUUCAGUUUGACUGUACAUUUUUGCUUUAACUCGUUCUCUUUCAUCAGUAUUUCAACUGAAAGUGAACAGAAGCUGCAUUCUGAAAGUCGAGCUCUUAUUGCUUUAGUUCUUCAGGAGCAGAAGUCUAAUUGUUGGUUUGUGAGCACUUGGUUUACAAAUGCCUUGAAUACUUGAUAUUUGUCAUUAAAAACUGUA